ACUUAUGGCAUAAUACUAUGUAGAAAGAAGUUGACUAAUUCAUGCAUUUAUCUUAUUAUAUUCUAAUAGACUGUAAGUACCUAACACUGCUUGCGCAGUAUUUUUUGGAUGUGUGCUCUUCUUUGUUGAUAGCAGCCUGUCUUCAUCGAAUGGCAUGUUGGUGGUAGUCAAUGUUGGUGGUGUGCAAACCUACGCACCCUAAGUAGCCGUUAGUCCGGCCCACAGAACAGAGCACAAUUAAUAGAGGUACACCCUGCUAAUUACAAUAACCUUGAAGUUUGUAUAAUAACUACUUGGUCUGCAUUAUCACAUCAGUCUCUAAGCGAUUGCAAUAGGCGCUAUGUUUCUUAACGUGUGGCACAAUGUGGUUUGGAAUUGUUUAGCCUAGGUCUCUGCAACUUCCUGCCUGGGUUGUAUACUACGCUGCCUGCCUCGCCAGAAUAGCCGCUUCCAUUAACGGUGUCGUGCUGCCGACUCUAUGGCUGUUGUUCCUAGUUUAGACCUACAUAUGUGGUAACCAUUUUUAUUUUUACUAAACCAAAAUCUCGUUGUUGUUUGAUAAAAACAAUCAUAAAAUCACUAUAAGCCUGAGGUAGAACUCUUAAUUACUGCAUAAGUACGCACAUUUACUAAAUGUUGACCAAGACUUAUUAUGAAUGACUUAUAAGCAAAGUAGCCAGCAUAGUUAAGCGUUACCAACUAAGACAAUCGAUCAAAUCACCACUUUUUAGCAUGACUGUGUAGGUAACAGUUUGUUGGAUGUGUGUUUUUAUCUGUUUUGCCAGAACUUGAAAUUGAUGGUGAAAGUACUUCUUGCUGAGUUGGAGUUUGGGGGCACCUAACAAAAAGCAUUCCUGUUGCAUCGGAAAUUUUGCUUGGUAUUAUUUUUCGAUAUUUAACUUCAUAGAUAUUAGAUAAUGCACAUUAUUAGAUGUGAUAAUAAUUUAAUGCCUUAAUUUCCUAACCAUUUUUCGAACCAACAAUACUGUUUAGCUAGGUAUCACUGGUUGAUCGAUGUACGACGCUCGCCUGUCCUCUUCUGCCACAUCAUCACCAAGUCUCCACUCACUAUGAGUGCUGGUCUGAGGGCCUGCUGCCUGCCACAGCCCUCCUGCAGGCCACCAAGCUGCUGCCCUGUCUCAGCUUGCGCGACGGUUGCUGCCAGUCACAACCUGUCGCUGACCACUGCUGCCCCGCACAGUGCGUCCGGCCGGGGCCUGCUGCCUUGUCACAGCCCCACGCAUAGACCAUUAAAGCUGCUGCCUUGUCACAGCUUAGGGCUCGGUUGCUGCCUUGUCACAACCGGCCCGGACUGGGGUUGCUGCCUUGUCACAGCCCCAGUCGCCGAGGCUCCACCGGCUGCCGACGCCUCCUGGCUCGCAGUCUCCACCAGCUGCCGACGCCUCCUGGCUCGCAGUCUCCGCCAGCUGCCGACGCCUCCUGGCUCGCAGUCUCCGCCAGCUGCCGACGCCUCCUGGCUCGCAGUCUCCGGCUGCCGACGCCUCCUGGCUCGCAGUCUCCGCCGGCUGCCGACGCCUCCUGGCUCGCAGUCUCCGGCUGCUGCCGACGCCUCCUGGCUCGCAGUCUCCGGCUGCCGACGCCUCCUCGCUCGCAGUCUCCGCCAGCUGCCGACGCCUCCUCGCUCGCAGUCUCCGGCUGCUGCCGACGCCUCCUGGCUCGCAGUCUCCGGCAGCCGACGCCUCCUGGCUCGCAGUCUCCGCCAGCUGCCGACGCCUCCUGGCUCGCAGUCUCCGGCUGCUGCCGACGCCUCCUGGCUCGCAGUCUUCGGCAGCCGACGCCUCCUGGCUCGCAGUCUCCGGCUGCCGACGCCUCCUGGCUCGCAGUCUCGUGGUCUUCCCGGGGCAGCAGAAGUUCGACGAGGCAUUUUAUUUUUCGUAAGGAUAUCGGCGGCUUACACUUGGCAAAUUCGAAGUCUCCUCGGCGCACUCAGUCUCCGCGGGCUGCCGACGCCUCCUGGCUCGCUGUCUCCGGCUGCCGACGCCUCCUGGCUCGCAGUCUACGGGCCUCGCUCCGGCUACCGACGCCUCCUGGCUCGCAGUCACCGGCUGUCGACGCCUCCUGGCUCGCAGUCUCCACCUGCUGACGACGUCUCCUGGCUCGCAGCCUCCGCCAGCUGCCGACGCCUCCUGGCUCGCAGUCUCCGGCUGCCGACGCCUCCUGGCUCGCAGUCUCCGCCGGCUGCCGACGCCUCCUGGCUCGCAGUCUCCGGCUGCUGCCGACGCCUCCUGGCUCGCAGUCUCCGGCUGCCGACGCCUCCUGGCUCGCAGUCUCCGCCAGCUGCCGACGCCUCCUCGCUCGCAGUCUCCGGCUGCUGCCGACGCCUCCUGGCUCGCAGUCUCCGGCAGCCGACGCCUCCUGGCUCGCAGUCUCCGCCAGCUGCCGACGCCUCCUGGCUCGCAGUCUCCGGCUGCUGCCGACGCCUCCUGGCUCGCAGUCUUCGGCAGCCGACGCCUCCUGGCUCGCAGUCUCCGGCUGCCGACGCCUCCUGGCUCGCAGUCUCGUGGUCUUCCCGGGGCAGCAGAAGUUCGACGAGGCAUUUUAUUUUUCGUAAGGAUAUCGGCGGCUUGCACUUGGCAAAUUCGAAGUCUCCUCGGCUCACUCAGUCUCCGGCAGCUGCCGACGGCUCCCGCCUCGAAGUCUCCUGGGCUCUCUCCGGCUGCCGACGGCUCCUGCCUCGCAGUCUUCGCCAGCUGCCGACGGUUCCCGCCUCGCAGUCUCCUGGGCUCUCUACGGCUGCCGACGGCUCCCGCCUCGCAGUCUCCUGGGCUCUCUCCGGCUGCCGACGGCUCCCGCCUCGCAGUCUCCUGGGCUCUCUCCGGCUGCCGACGGCUCCCGCCUCGCAGUCUCCUGGGCUCUCCCCGGCUGCCGACGGCUCCCGCCUCGCAGUCUCCUGGGCUCUCUCCGGCUGCCGACGGCUCCCGCCUCGCAGUCUCCCGGGCUCUCUCCGGAUGCCGACGGCUCCUGCCUCGCAGUCUUCGCCAGCUGCCGACGGUUCCCGCCUCGCAGUCUCCUGGGCUCUCUCCGGCUGCCGACGGCUCCCGCCUCGCAGUCUCCUGGGCUCUCUCCGGCUGCCGACGGCUCCCGCCUCACAGUCUCCUGGGCUCUCUCCGGCUGCCGACGGCUCCCGCCUCGCAGUCUCCUGGGCUCUCUCCGGCUGCCGACGGCUCCCGCCUCGAAGUCUCCUGGGCUCUCUCCGGCUGCCGACGGCUCCCACCUUGCAGUCUCCUGGGCUCUCUCCGGUUGCCGCCGGCUCCCGCCUCGCAGGCUACUCAGUAGUUCAUGCUCAACUAUCAAUUUGUCUUUAUCCAAGGUUCUGCGGCUUCAGCUUGACAACACCUCGGCCAUCCUCAGUGUUGCUUCGUAGUCUCCGGUCCUACUACACAGUCUACGGUCCUGCCACGCAUUCUCCGGUCCUGCCACGCAUUCUCCGGUCCUGCCACGCAGUCUCCACUCCUGCCACGCAGUCUACGGCCCUGCCACGCAGUCUCCACUCUUGCCACGCAUUCUCCGGUCCUGCCACGCAGUCUCCACUCCUGCCACGCAGUCCCCAUCCCUGCCAGGCAGUCUACGGCCCCGCAACGCAGUCUCCGGUCCUGCCACGCAGUCUCCACUCCGGUCCUGCCACGCAGUCUCCACUCCGGUCCUGCCACGCAGUCUCCGGUCCUGCCCCGCAGUCUCCACUCCGGUCCUGCCACGCAGUCUCCACUCCGGUCCUGCCCGGCAGUCUCCACUCCGGUCCUGCCCCGCAGUCUCCACUCCGGUCCUGCCACGCAGUCUCCACUCCGGUCCUGUCAUGCAGUCUCCACUCCGGUCCUGCCACGCAGUCUCCACUCCGGUCCUGCCCGGCAGUCUCCACUCCGGUCCUGCCACGCAGUCUCCACUCCGGUCCUGCCACGCAGUCUCCACUCCGGUCCUGCCACGCAGUCUCCACUCCGGUCCUGUCAUGCAGUCUCCACUCCGGUCCUGCCACGCUGUCUCCGGUCCUGCCGCACGAAGUUCUUCAGGGCCACUGUCUUCAGCCACGGAAUGUAAGGUAUCCCUGUGUAACCAAUCGAUAUGUUCUGUUCAUAUUCUUACAUGUGGAAGAGCCAGUCAGCGAUGCGAUCAUCAUGCUGAUUCCUGAACUAAAUGGAAACUUUUCGGUAACUUGAACGACAGUCGAGCAACGCGUAAGAUUACUAAGAUUAUUUAUGGCAUAGCGUAGUAGGUAGGUCGUGUGCUUUAUGCGUUAACCAUACCUCUUACAGGAACCGACAAACGACUUGGUAUGUAACGUCAUUCUAUUGAAAAUGCGCAUUUACUUGCCCACUAACUACGGUACAUAAUUUCUGGUUUGUUGUUUUCUUUGUGCACUUGUUUAGCUAGAUGAGAUUCGGAUUUUAUUCAGCCAGUAGCGAAGCUUGUGGAUUGGAUAGACAUUUGAAUGGAAACUGGCACAAGGAUAAUGUGGCGUGAGAAAAGCAUAGAAGUAACGGAAUGUGACUAGCAGCUAUUGAAUGGCACCACUCAAUACUUUAAACACCAUGGAACUAAACUACGCAUGUGACUAGAAUUCUAAUAGUGCAAGGUGGUCUAAACCCAGGCUGCAAUUAUGUAAGUGCUUUUAGUUUUUUCUCUUUUUGAUUGGGAUGGUUUAUUCGUGUUUAACUAAAUACGUAUAUGUUAUUGAAUGCUAUUUGGUGCGGCGUAAUAUUCUUACAUUACAGACGAAUUAGAUACAUCAAAAUGUGAGUACUAUCUUUGUGCAAAAUUUAAGCAGUAGGUAGGUUUAUAUCAUAUUAUUUUCAGACACCGAUCGCAUAGAGUAAGUGGCAAUUUUAUAGAAUUUCUGAUAAUACCUACCUUUCUAACUCACAACGAGCAUGUGAAUAAGUAUUUGUUAGUCGGUAAUAUUAGCGAAUGUGUUAUUAUGCACAGCAUGUUUCAGGCAGGUAGGGUUAUACUAUUUUUAAGUUCCAGGUACCAAAAUAAACCUCGUGGAUACGGCCAAGUCAAAUUAAAUUUACGUGAUAAAACAAAAAACUGGUGUCGACCAAUAUUCAAAGGUGACAUUAAAUCAAAAUAAAGUAGGGAUAACUAUGCUUGAAUUACAGACAAAGCGAGUAGAACGAAAGGACAAACCGCUCUAAUUUAAGUUACCGCACUACCCGACCCGAAAAGGUAUCAUAUAUUUUUUUCAGUCAUAUAGUGUAUAUGCAAAUGCGUGAUGCUGUCUAUGAGACAGGUGGUAGGGUUUUAAAUUAUUUAAGUUUCAGACGUACAUAGAAAUCAACAGGGAUCAGCGUAAAGCGAGAUAAUCUUAAGAGCGAAGGCGAAAUACAAGGUACGGAUCGUAAUGCGUUGUUACAGAAUCGUCAAUUUCAAAAGAUCCGUGGGUGUACAGACCACAAAGUUAUGCCCUAAAACUAUGAUAAGUACCUACGUACUACGGAGGCUAAAGAAUGGUAGGGGGUUUGACUAUGCUUAAUUUACAGGACAAAGCUGUUGUGAAAAUGAGCUGCCUUAUGAUAAAUGGCACUAGAACUACGGAGGCUAAAGAAUGGUAGGGGGUUUGACUAUGCUUAAGUUACAGGACAAAGCUGUUGUGAAAAUGAGCUGCCUUAUGAUAAAUGGCACUAGAACUACGGAGGCUAAAGAAUGGUAGGGGGUUUGACUAUGCUUAAGUUACAGGACAAAGCUGUUGUGAAAAUGAGCUGCCUUAUGAUAAAUGGCACUAGAACUACGGAGGCUAAAGAAUGGUAGGGGGUUUGACUAUGCUUAAUUUACAGGACAAAGCUGUUGUGAAAAUGAGCUGCCUUAUGAUAAAUGGCACUAGAACUACGGAGGCUAAAGAAUGGUAGGGGGUUUGACUAUGCUUAAGUUACAGGACAAAGCUGUUGUGAAAAUGAGCUGCCUUAUGAUAAAUGGCACUAGAACUACGGAGGCUAAAGAAUGGUAGGGGGUUUGACUAUGCUUAAGUUACAGGACAAAGCUGUUGUGAAAAUGAGCUGCCUUAUGAUAAAUGGCACUAGAACUACGGAGGCUAAAGAAUGGUAGGGGGUUUGACUAUGCUUAAGUUACAGGACAAAGCUGUUGUGAAAAUGAGCUGCCUUAUGAUAAAUGGCACUAGAACUACGGAGGCUAAAGAAUGGUAGGGGGUUUGACUAUGCUUAAGUUACAGGACAAAGCUGUUGUGAAAAUGAGCUGCCUUAUGAUAAAUGGCACUAGAACUACGGAGGCUAAAGAAUGGUAGGGGGUUUGACUAUGCUUAAGUUACAGGACAAAGCUGUUGUGAAAAUGAGCUGCCUUAUGAUAAAUGGCACUAGAACUACGGAGGCUAAAGAAUGGUAGGGGGUUUGACUAUGCUUAAGUUACAGGACAAAGCUGUUGUGAAAAUGAGCUGCCUUAUGAUAAAUGGCACUAGAACUACGGAGGCUAAAGAAUGGUAGGGGGUUUGACUAUGCUUAAUUUACAGGACAAAGCUGUUGUGAAAAUGAGCUGCCUUAUGAUAAAUGGCACUAGAACUACGGAGGCUAAAGAAUGGUAGGGGGUUUGACUAUGCUUAAGUUACAGGACAAAGCUGUUGUGAAAAUGAGCUGCCUUAUGAUAAAUGGCACUAGAACUACGGAGGCUAAAGAAUGGUAGGGGGUUUGACUAUGCUUAAGUUACAGGACAAAGCUGUUGUGAAAAUGAGCUGCCUUAUGAUAAAUGGCACUAGAACUACGGAGGCUAAAGAAUGGUAGGGGGUUUGACUAUGCUUAAGUUACAGGACAAAGCUGUUGUGAAAAUGAGCUGCCUUAUGAUAAAUGGCACUAGAACUACGGAGGCUAAAGAAUGGUAGGGGGUUUGACUAUGCUUAAGUUACAGGACAAAGCUGUUGUGAAAAUGAGCUGCCUUAUGAUAAAUGGCACUAGAACUACGGAGGCUAAAGAAUGGUAGGGGGUUUGACUAUGCUUAAGUUACAGGACAAAGCUGUUGUGAAAAUGAGCUGCCUUAUGAUAAAUGGCACUAGAACUACGGAGGCUAAAGAAUGGUAGGGGGUUUGACUAUGCUUAAGUUACAGGACAAAGCUGUUGUGAAAAUGAGCUGCCUUAUGAUAAAUGGCACUAGAAGUACCUAUCUACCUGCCGAGAAAGGUAUUGAAUUUCGGAUUGCAUUGUUUGUUUGAAUCAAGUUUUGCAUGUAAUAUGUAGGUACACACACGCAUUGACGUUAUUUCUAUGGAAAAGAGCGAUGAACACGAUAGGCGAUGACUAUGCUUGAUUUACAGAUAGCAUGUAAAACUAAAAGAAGGUGGCAGCUGAACUAAUUUCUACCAUCGCAUAUGAGUCUGUGGAAAGGUACCGUAAUUCGAAUAGUUACAUACGUAUGUGCUGUAUUGUUAACACUAGAUAGAUAGUUUGGUGCUAGAUAACAAUAAUUAAUACCUGAAGUGAUAACUAAUAACCAAAAGGUAUAUUUCCUAAUAAGCUGAUUAAACGAAUGUGGUAUGAUGAUGCAUAGAAUAUGCAGACGCGUAGGGCAUUACUAUGCUUAAGUUUCAGGUAUUACAUAGAAAAUCACCACGACAGUAUUUAUAGUUCAAGACCGAGAAACGACAGCGUAACCAACCAAAGGUACGAAAAAUUGUGAAAUAAGCGGAGCAGUAGGCAUAACUAUGCUUGACUUACAGAAUAAGAAAGCGACCCGAGUUGCAUCGAAAGCCAAACAGGAGUAAUUUAAGUUAUAAUAAUGUAUCUAUUAACGCCAGAUAACAGGUAUCGUACCUAGAUCAUAGAAUAUUUAAAAUUAUCGAGAGGAUGGCGGUAGGGGUUUACAAUAUUUAAGUUUCAGGAGAACAAACAAAUCACCGCUGAUCAGGGUAGACCCAAGCAAAUACAAGGUACGAAAUUGUAAUAACGUUGUUACAGAGCCUCCUUUUCAAUGGAUCCGCGAGUUGACAGAAACUAUGUACAUCAAUUUAUAAAAGUAUCAAAAGCACGGAUACCAAAGAACGGUAGGGCGAUUGACUAAUGCUUACGUUACAGGUUAAAGCUGUUAUGAAAGUUACCUGCCUAAAGAUAAGUGAACAUUACAAGCACAUGUCUGGAAAGGUAGAAUUUUAGAUUGCAUUCAAUUAUCAAGUUCGGUUUUGCAUGUAAUGUGUACCCAGUGAUGUUAUGUCGAUGGAGAAAAACGACGGCACGAUAGGCCAUUACUAUGCUUGACUUACAGAUAGUACCUACGUAAAAUUUAGAGCAUCGAGAUCAAAUCACAGUAGCAGCAGAAUUAAUUUCAACUACACUGUCGAAGCACAUAGUAAAGGUAUUGUAAUGUAUUCGGUAACUUUAUCAACUUUAUACAUAUAAUGCUAGAUGCAAAUAACAUGAAACAUGGUGACGCAAAUGAGUGGCCAAAGGUAUGGAAGCUAAUUUAAAUAAUUUCGAAUGCGACGGGGACGGUAGGAGAUUAUUGUGCUUAAGUUACAGAUACCUACAUAAACGGCUACACGAAACGUACAAGUCAAUCGUCAGAGGAGUUUACCAUCUACAUAAAAUAAGACGGUAUCGUACCCGAUAAAUUAUCUAAGCGUUUGAAGGGCUGGAGGGGUUAACUGUGCAUAAGUUUCAGGAAUCAAUAAUGAGCAAAAGUCCUGCAAGGCGUGAUCAGUAUAAACCGACCGCUGAAAGGUAGUUGCAGAUUAUAAUAUUUAUUUCAGUACCCCGUGAUUGCUUGCUUUGGUUGUUUAUGGCAUGUACGAUGACACGAUUUGGCAUUACGCACUAGUUAUAACUUAGACCGAGUAUUGAGAACUAAUAUAGCCACAACAAGAAAAGGUAUUACCUACUUCCAAUAAAAUCUUACAGGAUACCAUGAUGACAUUGAUCCAUCUAAAAUUUAGACAAACGAAAGGUAAAUAAAUAGUGCGAAGAAAUAUGAACGGCGUGUAAUAAAAAAUUGGAUCUAACCGGUUGUUUCAGAAAAAUCUAGAUAUAUACCUACGUACGGAAGGAGUAGCAGUAACUUGCUAAUGUGCAUAUAAUGUAGAGAUAAAAUGCGCGAAAGAAGUUAGGAAAGACUAUUGGAGUCACCUGUAGUUCUUUCAGAUUUCUACUGAACUGUAAGUAAAUAAAGGCACUUUUUGAACAUUUCCGAUCAACAUGAUCAAUAAAAUGGUAGUAUAAAAUCCCAACCAAGGACGGACCAUGAAAAUAUGAAUGGUAUGGAAUGUAAUAGUUAUUUCAGGAUUGUUUGCCAACUGAGAAAAAAAUUGUAAGUACCUAACAUAAUAAGGAAUAAAUAAGGAGAAAACAAAAUCG